AUGUCUAUAGAGAUUUUUCUGUGCCUGAAUCAGUUCCAUGUUUGGUUGUUGCUAUUUGCUUCCUACCCACAUAUAAUGAGUAAAGACAACUUACUCCACAUUAACAUAAACAUGAAAAUCACCUUGUUCUCUGAACUGGGUGUUGGGAUCUCAGCUAACAGUUUCCUCAUUUUUGCCCACCUCUGCAUGUUCCUUGGAGAGAACAUGCCUAAGCCCAUUGAUCUCUACAUUGUUUUCUUGUCCCUAACCCAACUAAUGCUGCUUGUAACUAUGGGCCUUAUAGCUGUGGACAUGUUUAUGUCUGGGGGCAGAUGGGAUUCUACCACAUGCCAAUCCCUUAUCUAUUUUCAUGGACUUUUGAGAGGACUCUCCCCUUCUGCUACCUGUCUGCUCAAUGUCCUUUGGACAAUCACCCUUAGUCCUAGAAGCUCCUGUUUAACAAAGUUUAAACAUAAAUCUCCCCAUCACAUCUCAUGUGCCUUUUUUUUCCUCUGUGUCCUAUAUAUGUCUUUUACCAGUCACCUUUUCAUAUCAAUUAUUGCUUCCCCCAAUUUGACCUUAGAUAAUUUUAUGUAUGUUACUCAGUCCUGCUCACAUCUACCUAUGAGUUACUACAGAAAAAGUAUGUUUUUCAUAGCUAUAGCCAUCAGGGAAGCUUUUCUUAUCAGUCUUAUAGCCCUGACUAGUGGGUACAUGGUGGCUCUCCUAUGGAGGCACAAGAAGCAGGCCCAGCAUCUUUACAGCACCAGCCUUUCUUCAAAAGCAUCCCCAGAGCAAAGGGCCAGCAGGACCAUUCUGUUGCUCAUGAGCCUCUUUGUGGUACUCUACAUUUUGGAAAAUGUUGUCUUCCACUCAAGAAUGAAGUUCAAGUAUGGCUCAACAUUCUACUGUGUCCAAAUUAUUGUGUCCCAUAGCUAUGCCACAGUCAGCCCUUUCAUGUUUAUUUGCACUGAAAAGCGUACAAUUAAUUUUUGGGGGUCGAUAUGUGGCCGAAUGUAA